AUGGCGACAGAGUCCUACCUCGGUCAAGUCCCUCCUGGACACAGUGACACAGCAUCUCGGACCCGCAGCACCAGUCGCAGGAAGAGGACAAGCUUUUCCAAGGAGCACGUGGAUCUGCUCAAGGCCACCUUCCAGACUGAUCCAUAUCCGGGCAUCAGCAUCCGGGAGAGCUUGUCCCAGGCAACAGGGCUUCCGGAGUCCCGCAUCCAGGUGUGGUUCCAGAAUCGGAGAGCCAGGACCCUGAAGGGCGCCGCCAGCCGCAAGCCCUCCUGGCAGCCAGAGGCACUGUCUGUGCACCCUGCUCCUCCCGCUUUCCCAGUCACCCCUCCCUCUGGGGCAGGGAUGCUGCUGUCAGGACCACGCCCCCCCCCAUUCCUGCAUCCACAUUACCCAUCAGUAAAGGAAGAGGAAGAGGAGGGGUGCUUCUGGUCUCCCUCGUACCCCCCCUCGGCUGGGGACACGCGUUACAGAGAGGCCAGGCUGCCUGGCACCAGUGCCCCCCCGAUGCUGUGGACCCCCCCGCCGCUGUGGACCCCACCGCCGCAGGAGCGCAGUGGGCAGACCUUCUUCCCAUCUACCCCCAUACAGCCGAUUCCCCUGGGAAAUCCCACCCUCUGCAGCACGCCGGCCCAGGUGGCCACGCCCACCUCACCUGACUCAGGCUACUGGGAGAUGUGGCAGGGGGGAACGGCCUCCGCCUCACAGGCCUGCCAGCCUCCAGAGCAGAGCUGGGGUGCAGCUGGGGGCCCCACCCUGGAGAUGACAACCCCUGUGGAAGGGCAGCAGUGCCAGGGCCCCCUCCCUGACCUGCUGUUCCAUGCUCUGGAGGAGAUCUUGGGGGAGCUGCAGCCAGAAUGGUGGGGGGCCCACGGCUCCCCGGGGCAGCACCUCUAUCCCUGACCCCGGACCUAGCUGGCACUGCUGGACUUUAUUUAUCUUUUAUUUAUCCUGAUUAAUUUAUGUUGCAGUCACAGCGACUUUUCUCACUAUAACUUAGAUGUGUGGUUUGGUGAAGGACGUAACACUGAGGGGCGGGGGGCUGAGGCCCCCACCCAUGACAAUAUCAUUAU